AUGCAGGAAAUCAAACGGAAGAAUUCAAGUGAAGAAGAUUCGUUCUCGAAAAGAAUGAUGGAGAAAAUUGGGGAAGCAGUAUCGAGAAAUUCACAGCAGUCAUAUGAGGGACUAGCAAGAUAUAAAGAAAAAAAUAGCCAGGCUACUGAGCAGCAACAUGCCGUUAAUCAGAAUUCGAAACAAUUGGCGAAAGAGCUGAUAGAGAGGCUUGAUGUGGUUAACUUUGCAGAUGAUUUGUUUCACAAAGAGCUUUGUCUUCCAAAGAAAUAUUGGAAUUUAUGGAGCCAAAUUAAACGGCAACCAAAGCUACAAAUCGAUCAAUCGAGACUUGUUGGAGAAUUUUAUAACCGAGAUGACAAAGGCGACUGGCGUAUUAUCGGAAUGCGCCCGAUACGUAGUAAUUUGGUCACUAUUGAGUAUGACGUUAUACGUUUGUGUAAAGCAAACGCAUCGUUUCCUGAAGUAAUGAAGAAGGAAAAAAAUGAUUAUGUAAUGAAAUUAUGUAAUUCGGACAACUUCAAGAACCAUGCACUUUUCAUGCAACAGUACAAAUUGCUUCUUCUUCUCAAAAGGCGCCACCAAAAUUACCGACAACGAAAGCAUUUCCCAGCUGUGUUUGGAUGUGGCGCAUUUGAAGAACUUUGCUAUAAGGAGAAGUUAUCUGUGAGCGAUAUGAUACCGAAGUUACUUAUUUACUACCCAUAUCCAAAUCCAAGACCAUAUUUCCUGCAGGAAAAAAUCCAGCCAACAUUAGAAGAAGUUUUCCGAAUGACACAGUUCGGUGUCUUAAAUAUUGGGACGGCACGAGAUGUAAUUAUCGGUUGCAUUAAAGCUUUACGAUUAAUACAUCAGAUAGGUUAUGUGCACCGUUCAGUUGCUCCAUAUAAUUUUGCAAUCCGUCUGGAAGCCUUUUCAAAAAUGAUUCUUCAAAAUGAUCUCUGUGAGCAGAUAUGUCUUAUUGACUUGACCUUUGCCCGAAAGUACAAGGAUAUGGGUAGACCACCACGAAGAGUGGCUGCUUUUACAGGCACUUAUAAAUAUUGUUCGGUAUCCGCACACAGUCAUUUGGAACAAUUCCCGAAAGAUGACAUAAUCUCUUGCCUUUACAUGUUUUGCGAAUUUUUGCAAGGUUAUUUGCCAUGGAGAAGACUAAAAAAUGUCAAGGAAAUAGUGGCGCUGAAACGUGAACUACAGAUAAAGCCGCCAGUGUUUAUGAAUGACACUGGUGUCAAUAGGAUUGUAAUCGAUCUCAGCCAGCUGCGUGGGAUAUUCACACUACUUGAGGAAAUCAAAUCUUAG